AACGGAUACCACCCCACCCCCACCUCCCUACGGCACAAACUGAAAACAGGUGUUACUUGAAUUUCCUAAAUGAAAUUUGGUCAGAAGAACUGUUGUAGAGAUUUGAGAUCGUACACUAAGCCAGCUGUGAGAGCACAUAAUCUUAGAAGUGCUACAACCUUGAAAAAUGUCACUGUAUAUAAUCCUUGUUUCCUGGGUCGGAGGGAAGCAUGAAUGUUUUGGGAGUUGGGACAAGAAGAAAACAAGAUAUCUUCACAAAGAAACCCAGACACUAAAAAAAAGUAGUCCAAACGCUGAAGAGAUAGAGCACAACCAUGACGGACAGUGGACUUAGGGAUCUUCCAGAGGACUCUCAUUUGGAAAAUGAUCCAUCAGUAAAUUCUCACGAACAGAAAACCACAGUCACAGCAAGUUCCACUGAAGAAGCUCAGACCCCAUACCCUGCCUCUGGUCUUAACAAAGACAACCAAGAGCUAGAGGCAGAAAGUCCAGAAAAGCCACACACAGGUGAGACACCAGAAAGUUCAGAUGAAACAAAUUUUGCGAAAUAUCCAAAAGAUGAAACAGAGAAUGAGGACAACCUGAGUUUUCAGGAUGGGGAACGAAAGGAUCACCUCCUUGCAGAAAACCUGGAUAAAGAACCCUUGGAUCCAGAUGCUAAUCAUUUUCCAAGUGACAAGGAAAGAGUGGAUACAAACUUCGGAAGCAGUUCUGCCUCUCUUCUUGAGAAGGUAAAUCAUGAAACGGAAGCUUCUCAGGAGUCAUGUACCACAGACCCUCAGGAGGACCAAAGUACUGGUCAUCACAAAGAAGAGAGCCAGGAUUCACUUAGGAAGCGAUGGACUUCACCAGAGACUGAAAGUCCUGAACAAGAAACACAAACACUGGGAGAAAAGAAAGACAUUGCACAGGAUACCAUAAAAAAGAUUAACAAAAAGAGUUUUUGGAACUAUGGCUCUAUUUUUUGUACGCUGCUGGUUGGGGCUGUUGUGCUGUGUUUUGUUAUUAGCCACUGUUCAUCUCCAGCCCAGCAAGUUCCCCAAAAUCCAGCUUUGGAGGCUUUCUUGGCUCACUUUAGUCAGUUAAAGGAUAAAUUUCCAGGCCAGAGUUCCUUCCUGUGGCAGCGAGGACGCAAGUUUCUCCAGAAGCACCUCAAUGCUUCAAAUCCCACUGAGCCAGCCACCAUCAUAUUUGCAGCAGCUCAAGAGGGAAGAGAGACCCUGAAGUGCCUGAGCCACUGUAUUGCUGAUGCCUACACCUCUGCCCAGAAAGUCUCUGCCAUUACAAUUGAUGGGGCUGAGAGAGCCUUGCAGGACAGUGACACAGUCAAACUGAUCGUUGACUUGGAACUGAGCUACGGAUUUGAAAAUGGCCAGAAGGCUGCUGUGGUACACCACUUUGAAUCUCUUCCUGCAGGCUCCACCUUGAUCUUCUACAAGUAUUGUGAUCAUGAGAAUGCUGCCUUUAAAGAUGAGGCCCUCGUGCUGACUGUUCUGCUGGAAAAGGAAACAUUAGAAGCAAAUGUUGGCCCAAGAGAAACUGAAGAAAAAGUGAGGGAUUUACUCUGGGCCAAGUUCACCAACUCCAACACCCCCAGCUCCUUCAACCAUAUGGACUCAGACAAGUUGAGUGGGCUGUGGAGCCGUAUUUCACACCUGGUACUGCCUGUCCAGCCAGUGAGGAACAUAGAAGAACGGGGGUGCUUUUUAUAAAGUUAAGCACAGAGUUGGUCACAUAAGGCCUCAGCUUAUGCAAGUUUUUUUUUAAUUUUUAUGUAUUUGGUACAGGGUCUUGCUACAUAGCUCAGACUCA